ACCAGCAAAUGGAAAAAGCGAGAAGAGCCGACCUUCGCUUUUCAUGAAAGAAAGGAGCGAAGGAGGCUAUACGCGUACAUACCGGUUUCGGACACUCUCUCUCUUUCUCUUUAUUCCCUCAAGCACCACUUGAGGCGUACCGCGCUUCUCGAGUUCGUUACGACAUCAGUAAGGUAUUACCCGGGUAAUAUCCCGAAAUGGUGUCGCGAGAAAUACGGUUCCGCCGGUCGCGAAAUCGCGUAAUCGGGCUUGUACGUGAAGGUCACGUACCAACCGUUACUCGAGCCACCAAUUCCGCGUCACGUUUCGGUGUGGCUACGGGUCGUUCGCGGCAAGGUAUCCUCCUCCGGUGCCUACCGAAAAGGUGACGGUUUCGCGAACACGACAUCUCCCGGUGAUGUCAGAAUGCCGAAAAGAUUUAACCGUCUACGUUCGAUGAAUUCUCUCGUCUGUGUGUACGAACGACGACGACUAAUCUUAUCGUGUAUCGUAAUCGGCUACGGUGAGUGCCGUUCGGUUAUGGCAUUACCCGGGUAAUGCUCGAGAAAAACUUCACACCCUGUCCGUAUUCGAUUCGAUAACAAACGCGACUCCGGUUGUCGCGCGCGCGCGGCGCCUUUCAAAGGCGGUCUCUCAAUUUGGUUCGUCUCAUUGAAAGUCCACACGACCAACGUUUAUGGAUCGUGGAUCGAAGCGUACUACAAUUCUGGACAUGCGGAGAGUGGCGAUGGUAAGGUCUCGCGACGGGUGAUGUCCAGUACCACAAAUGGAUUUUCGCGAAAUUUCUAAUUCUGAGAGAGAAAACGCUUUUUUUUUUGAUCGGGAACAACUAACUUUUCCUCUGAUUGACCACUGCAGGGCGAUUACCAAAUCUUGUGACGUUGAAUUUUUGACGUAGGCCAGUCGACGCAAAGCACGAGUGGUACUGGUUCUUCUAGCGAUCUCAUGGGGAUCAGUGCACCGUAUUAUCAUCUUUAUGGGCAUUUUGUCAUGUUUUGAAAAUUAACGCGUUCACUGCUCUCGUAGGAGAUUGGAUCAUCAGCUUUUUGUCUCCUCCGCUAUUUCCUAUUUAACACCUUUGUCAGGAAUGUCACGGGACUAUGAUAGACGAAGAGGAGGUAGCGGUAGUGGCAGCAGUUCUAGUAAAUUACGAAUGGAUACCAGCGUAUCUCAGCCCAGACCACAUGGUGAAAAUUCAGGAAAACGGAGGGAAUUAGAUAGCGUAAUGCGGAAAGCGCGUGAAUCUCAGUCAAGUUAUUGGAAUAAAAAGCUUUUGGAGGUAGAGGAACGAGAUCCAAAUAGGUGGAGACACAGUGGGUACAAGGAAUUGUACGUUGGGGGCACAGCAAGUGGAGAACCUAGUAGAGGACAUCCCCGAAGUCCACGCAGUCCUAGACCUCGUAGUCCUCAUAUUUCACGACCACGCAGUCCACGGACUAAAAGUCCGCGUUCACCUCGAGAUAGAUCACAUACCAGAGGCAGACCCACGCGUAGUCCAAGUACUGGAAGUACUUGUUCCGAUCGAUCAUGUAGUGUCUGUUCACCAAAAGAACGUCGACGUAUUGUACAGCCUUCCCGUUCACGUUCAAGAUCACUCACGCCGGUUCGAACUCGGACACAUCCAAAAGAGGUAGUACCAUCAAGUUCACGAGUAAUACCAGCUCGUACUAGACCACGAUCGCCUCCCUUGCCACGCCCACGUACACCCCCGCCUACGCCACAACCUCCACCACGUCAUCAAAAGGACUAUAAAACAAUUAAAGAAAAGGAAACGAAGGUUAGACGUAAAGAAAAGCAUCAUACUAGAAUUCCAGAGGAUCCACGAGUUCCAGAUCCCAUUCCAUUGAUGCGUAAACCUGUAAAAGUAGAAAAAACUCAUUCGAGUCAUGGAUCAACUCAAAUGAUUAGGCCUCCGCCCGAAUCCUCGCCUAGCGAAGACAGUGAUAGUUCUUCUACCACAUCUCACGUUGGUCCACCUAGGAUGACGUUAUCAGAAAGAUUUGGUAAAAUGGCACAAUGGAGCGUAGAUCGUAGAGACAUGGAGAACAUGCGCAUCACAAAAGAUGGAGAAAAUGCAAUGAAAGUUGUAAUAGAAGGUGAAGAAAGAAUUGCAAGAUUAGGAUACGAUUCUCCACCACCAGGACACUAUCCUGAGUCGCUUUUGGCACAAGGACCAAGAGGUCUUGAAUGUUGGGAUGACGUUCGUGUUAGAUACGACUAUUACAAGGCGCGAGGAUAUCUUCGAGACCUCACUUUGGAUGACUAUAUAAAGUGGGAAGAAUGGUGGUAUAAAUAUCAAGAAUGGUUAGAAGCAGAACGUUUUUAUGAACAAUGGGCUUCUUCGAACCGUCCUUCCGGUGGAAGUCGCAAGAGACGCGGGCGACGUAAUAAUACGGCUCACUGAAACUUCGUAAGCUCGUCAUAAAUCAUUCUUGAUUCAUAGACAUUACCAUCAAUAAAAUAUACUGUAAUAUUUGUUGUGCUUAGAAAAAGAGUGCAAAAGGUGUGUAAACGCUCUAUACAAAUAUACAUAAUUCAUAUGAAAACAUACACGUGUGUAUUGCGCGUACGCGCGCGUGUAUCAUUGUGUAUAUAUAUACACAUACAUACAACACACACACACACAACACACAUAUGCAUAUACAUAUAUUAUAAUAAAAAAUAUGACUGUGCUGUAAAAAACCUCGUUUUCAUCGGUUUGACAAGUAAAGUUUAACAUAAAAGAUU